AUGCAAAACAGAUUGAAAACAAGAAUUAUGCUCAAUGAUUGGGGUGUUUGUCAGGAGAGAUCAUGCCUACUGUGUGGCAAUGCUGAUGAAGACAAGAAGCAUCUAUUCUUUGAUUGUGAUUAUAGCAGGAAAUUUAUUGCAAGCAUUAGUGCCUGGUUGGAUGUACCUGAAGCCCUGUUUGACAUUGAUACUUCUUGGAAGAGAUGGGGAGAAGUGAUACAAGACCCUAUUAAGAAGAAGGUGUGCUAUGCUGCCCUGGCUGCUAUAGUCUACCAGAUUUGGUUUGCAAGGAACAAAGCAUUUUGGCUAAAGGUCAUAAUUCAUCCUAGAGUUGUUUGUAAAAUGAUUCGUGCAGAGAUUGUACAGAGAAGCAGGCAGCUGAUUAAUUGCAAUUGGAAGAGGAGGCACUGUCAAUGGCUUUACAACUUACAAGUUUAUGUCUAUAAUUAG